CAAUGCUCGUGAGGCUGAAAAUAUAGUAGAAAGAGUUACUCCAAGGUUACAGCAUGCCAAUUGUGCAAUUGUACUAUCAGCUGUUAAGCAUUGAUGUGGUUCGAAAUCUCUGUAAAAAGAUGGCUCCUCCUCUUGUGACAUUACUCUAUGCAGAACCCGAAAUACAAUAUGUAGCCCUGCGGAAUAUCAAUCUUAUGGUACAAAGAAGACCACCAAUUCUUGCCCAUGAAAUUAAGAAAGGCUGCUCGCGCAAUUGGUCGUUGUGCAAUCAAAUUAGAGAUGAUUUAGGUACUGAGGGCCCACAACAGAUGAUUCAGGCAGCUAAGGAUGUUGUGUUAGCUAAGAAACCUGUAAUAACUGAUGACUCAAACCAACUUGAUUCGUCUCUACUUGAUGAGCUCCUUGUCAACAUUACUACAUUAUCUUCAGUUUAUCACAAGCCUCUAGAUGCAUUUGUAACCCGUGCACACACCUCGGCCCAGAAAGCUGAAGAUGAAGAGUAUCCUGAGGGAAGUGAAACAGCAUAUUCUGAGUCAUCUUCUGCAAAAUCCUGCCAAUGGUGCUGUUUCAACCCCGGAAUCCGUUGCACCGCCAUCACCUCCACCUGCCGUGCCUGUGCCGGAUUUACUUGGUUGUGGCUUGCUUAUUUGAUAUUUCCGAUAAGAUGA